AGUUUGUUUUUUGAUUAAAAAAAAAUUACCCUUGUCAAUCCUAUCAGGAACGCCACCAAUAAAGGUCAACAUAAUGAGCAGCAAAUUUUUAGGAAAUUUUGGUGGACGGUUAUUGGUCAUAAUGAUCCUAAAUUUCUGGUACUAUGAUCCGAAUGUUUAUUUUUGUCAAUCAAUGGCUAUACUUUAUGAUAAGAAUGUCCGAAAUCGAUGUGAACCGAUCAUUAUACCAAUGUGUGCAAAUAUUGGCUACACACAUACAUACAUGCCGAAUAUAUUGGAAAUGGAAACUCAACAAGAGGCUGGCCUUGAAGUACAUCAAUUCUGGCCAUUAGUUCAUGUGAAUUGUUCGGAAGAUUUAAGAUUUUUUCUUUGUUCCAUAUAUACACCCAUCUGUAUUGAAGAUUAUGUUGGUUAUAUUCCAUCUUGUAGAUCGGUCUGCGAAAGAGCCAGAAUUGGAUGUGAACCUUUACUCUUACAAGGUGGUUUUCAAUGGCCCGAACAAUGGAGGUGUAAUAGAUUUCCGAUAUACGGAAAUCGUAUCUGUAUGGAUCCAAAAAAGAAAAAAUUUUGAAACAAAUCUUCUGAAGCGUGCGACAUCUUUUGGUCUUAAAUCACAUUAAAAAAAUUGUUAUUUUUUAAUUUUCGAA